AUGGUUUGCAUUCCUUGUUUGCUCUUACCAUUAGCAGGAAUAUUAGUUAUGCUAUUCGAUUUUAUUAAACCUUAUCUAAUAAAAAUUGGAUUGAUUAAGGCUUCACCUAAAAAAGAUGAUAAAAAUAAUAUUUAAGAAAAUGGAACAAAACUUUCAGACACGUCAACAGAAAAAUAAAAAAUUAAAUAAUCAUGA